UGUAUGAUGAUAAUGUUUGGUGUGUGUGUGUGAUUGUUUAAUGAUGUUUGUAUGAUGAUAAUGUUUGGUGUGUGUGUGUGUGUGAUUGUUUGUAUGAUGAUAAUGUUUGGUGUGUGUGUGUGUGUGAUUGUUUGUAUGAUGAUAAUGUUUGGUGUGUGUGUGUGCAUCAGAACCACCCGGAAGCCCGUCCUGGAGCCGGAGGUGAACCACGUCUCUGCUCUGAGUGACUCCAGUAAGAAGCGUCUGAUGGAGGACACGGAGGACUGGCACCCGCGCACCGGCACGUCUCAGUCACGCUCCUUCCGCAUCCUGGCGCAGAUCACCGGCACAGAGAACGAGCAAGCUCAGGAGAACCGGCCUGGAAAGAACGAGGCUGCAGAGGAGCUUCAGCCCAGUUCUCAUGCCACGUCUUCAGUCAAAACCAUGAGCAAAGCGUCCGCUGGAGCCCCGCGAGUCCCUCCAGCCGCAGCCAAGAGCUGGCAGUCGAGCAGCGCCGCAGGGUUGCCCAAAGCAGGUGCACCUGCGCCGCAGACGGGCCCCUCGUUCGGACGGGUCAGCAACAGCCUCCCCAAGGGCCCGGAUCGACCCACGCCUCAGGUUCACCCCAGCGACCAGGACGAUUCGCUGGUGCAGAGAGCCGAGCACAUCCCGGCGGGAAAACGCACACCCAUGUGCGGCCAGUGCAACAUGGUCAUCAGGGGUCCGUACCUGGUGGCGAUGGGCAAAUCGUGGCAUAAGGAGGAGUUCACCUGCUCUCACUGUCACAGUUCUCUGGCAGAUGUGGGUUUCGUGGAGGAGCGCGGCUCCGUCUACUGCGAGCGCUGUUAUGAGCAGUUUCUGGCCCCGGCCUGCUUCAAAUGCCAGCAGAAAAUUCUGGGGGAAGUCAUCAACGCCCUGAAGCAAACCUGGCAUGUGUACUGCUUCCUGUGCACCGGCUGCCAGCAGCCCAUCCGCAACAACACCUUCCACCUGGAGGACGGGCAGCCAUACUGCGAGACCGAUUACUACACCCUGUUCGGCACCAGCUGUCACGGAUGUGACUUCCCCAUCGAAGCGGGCGAUAAGUUCCUGGAGGCGCUGGGGUUCACCUGGCACGACACCUGCUUCGUCUGUACGGUUUGCAGCACGAGUCUGGAGGGUCAGACCUUCUUCUCCAAGAAAGACAAGCCCUUGUGCAAGAAGCACGCUCACACCGUCCAGUUCUGAGUGAAAGUCAACGCCUUGCUGGUCAUAUUUCACUCUUGUGAGAUUUAUUUUAGUACAUGAAUUUAGUUUUUUCAAAGAGAUUUAUUUGCUUCGCUUUCCCUCAGAAACCUCAUCAUGAGAUCAGGAACUGCGUUAAUCAUUGAUCUGCCGACUAAAUAAGGUUCAGUGUUGCAUUGUGGGUGUUUUGUCUGUUUUUGAGCGAGUAUAUCAUGCGAUGCAGUGUUUUACUGAGAUCUUUACCAUGAUUGAAAAUAAUUUUGACAUGCGAAAGAUAUUUCGAUUGUUAUUUUCAGCAUUACAGAAGUUCUUAUUCUAUUUUCCACGUGUAUUUAAAGAGCCAUUGACUCGGUGAUAAUAUAUUUUUCACACGCGUGAGAUCAGUGUGUUGAAGCGUUUGGACGGCCGUCUCUCUCUCCUGCAUCCCGCUGCAGUUUGACCAGCUCUCUUUAUGCAGAUAUAUUUUAUAUUUAUUGAGGCGGGACGGAAGAUUUUGGGGGCUUUCCAUGUGUUUUACGGCACCGACAGCGUCAGUGCUUUCAGAACGGUGAUAUUUAAUGUUAUUUCUGUGCUCUUUUAUUUGUGGAAUGUCUGAUCGUCUCCGUGCCUUUAUUUCUAUUAAUAUACAGAAAUGUGUUUCAUAUUUAGGCCUAAAGUAAUUCAGACUGUUUUCUAAUCGUUAGCACUUGUUUUGAAGCUAAGAAGGGUUGGUGGUUCAUGUGCGUCUUUAUCUCUUUAUCUGUUCUAAUUUCCUGUAAUUCACUUCUUUUUUCUGAGAUGGGAUGAAAAAUAAAACACUGUUCUUAAAGUC